CGGCUGCUGUCCUUAUAUGGUCUUUUUACGCUCAACUGUUUCAUUCCGUCUUUUUAUGCAAAUGAUAUUCUAAUGGUCAGCUGUAUGCAGUAGUAAGGCAUGCGCAGUGCGCGAAACGAAAACGGCGAAGAUUCAAAGUUUUUGUUCAGGUUUUAACAAAAGAACACAGAAUAUGUUUGGCUUUCACAAGUCAAAGAUCUACAGAAGUAACGACGGCUGUUGCAUCUGCAAGACCAAGUCCUCCAGCUCCCGCUUCACAGACAGCAGCAGAUAUGAAGAAACUUUCAGGCUGUGCUUUGGGCUGUCGGAAGAUCGAGUUGGAGACAUCUGCAAUGCCUGUGUGUUGUUGGUGAAACGAUGGAAAAAGCUGCCAAAUGGCUCCAAGAAGAACUGGAACCAUGUUGUGGAUGCCAGAGCAGGACCAGGCUUCAAGUUGACAAAACCGAAGAAGAUCAAGAACAGUGAUGGCAAGAAGAAAAGCAAGCUGAAGAAGCUUCAUAAGUUUAAAAGACAAACAGACUCGGAUGCUCACAGCACUACCUCCAGUAUGUCUCCAUCCCAGUCUCCCAGUUACAGCAACCAGUCGGAUGACGGCUCAGACAUCGAGUCCAAACAAAGACGCACAGCCCCCUCCGUCUUCUCCUUCCUUGACCGCUCCUACUGGAAAAGGCAAAAGGUGUGCUGUGGGAUUAUCUAUAAGGGACGGUUUGGGGAGGUGAUCAUUGACCCUCGACUUUUCAAGCCCUGCUGCAGCUCCAAGAAACAGAAGACACUGGUAUCCACACAAGUGGCUACACACCAUACCGACACACUUCCACCGCCACUCCCAGAAGACCUGAAAGAAACCUGGUGAUUGUCUUUUGAAAACUCCCCUUAGAGUUAUCCAUGGCAUCCACCUGGAUUUGUCUCCAGUGGCAGACUUCUCAUAUCCAUUCCCCCUGUAGAUCAGUGUAUUUAGAUGAGUCCACCCCCACACCCCCUUGCUUACUAUUCCUUUUUAUAUAGGUAUAUUUUUUCAAUUUUGUAUAGAAUUGUUUUUGUUUGUUUUUAUUUUUAUUUUUUUUUUACACAAAACAAAAGAAAAAAAAAAAUAAAAUGGGCAUUAGUGUAUUAUUUAUAGGAGGAGGAGGCAAAAUUCUGUGUAGCCACUCCAGGCCACAUAGAAUUUCUGAUUAUGAAUUGUUUUUGACUUUGAAACUUUUUUUGUAUUAAUUGAUCAGCGUUUUGUACAUAUUCCUUACUUUUUUCAUACAUAUCAAGACUGUUAUUUUUUUCUUAAUUUUCUUAUGUUUGUGCUUUUGAAAGACACCAGCUAUUACUGAUACCAGCUUGUUUAUGUUGGAGAUGCUCUUCGACAUGUUGCUGCAAUGUUUUGUCUUGCCUGUGUGCUCCUUAAAUGUGCAAGCACGUGAAUCUGUAGGAUGUUAGUACAUAAAGGGCUAUUGGUGACAACAGGGAUCAUUUGUACAUCUGUCCUAUGAAUUUUAUGAGCUUUUUAAAUGUGUGUGUGUGUGUAUAGAUGUGCAUGCAUAGUCUCUCCCACUCUCUUCACAAUUCAACACAGACAAAACAGUACUGUAACCUCUGAACACUCCGUUUUAAUUCACUCAGCUGAUUGUGCUCCUCAACACUGAUAGACGUGGUUAGGCCAUGCAUGCAGUACUUCCCUCUACCUUUUGAAAUAACAAAGCAAUUAUUUAUUUGUCAUUGUACAGGCUUCCAUGAAAUGAAAAUGCAUGUUGUAAAGCAGAUGUUUUAAAAUGGGAUUUGUAAAUACACA